AAUGAAAUGGUCCAGAUUUAACAUUGUGGGUCUUAACUGAUUUUUAAGAGAUUAAUUUGCAAUUUCAAUAAUUCUUCUCGAACUCGACGAAAGGUGUAAACUUUGCCAGGAAAACUACGAGGCGAACUAAAGAUACGAACGAUUUUCUUCCACAUGUAUAUCUACAAACUCGAAGUGGCCCAGCGUGCUGGAAUAAGCGUAAUAGUAAAAAGAAUUAAAUGAUUUUGUCUAAAAAGCAGAAAACACCCUUGCACACCGUUUGGACAUUGACAAACAGUUACACCGCGAACUGUUGACUUGAAGAUUUCACGGAAAAUGAAGCGACCGUAAACAGGAUUAAUUUUGAAGCGACACCACAACUCAGACAAAAUGGAGGAGCGAGACAAGGACGAGGAGUCCGGUGUGCCGGACAUGACGAUGAUGCCGCAGAUCACCGAACAGGCCAUCAACGACAACCUCAAACGAAGAUACAUACACGACCUUAUUUAUACAUAUACAGGAUCAAUUCUAGUCGCAGUGAAUCCCUACAAAGAGUUAGGAUGUUACAACCUGGAGGAUAUGCAAAAUUAUCGUGGCAAGGCCAUCGGGAGUUUGUCUCCUCAUGUUUUUGCUUUAGCGGAGUCGGCAUACAGCUCCCUACAGAAUGGCGAAAAGAACCAGUCAGUUGUGAUAUCUGGUGAAAGUGGGGCUGGGAAGACGGAAACAACCAAGCUAAUUCUUCAGUACCUGUGCGCUGCUGGUGGACAAGCAUCCUGGGCUGAACAACAGAUCCUUGAAGCCAACACCGUAUUAGAAGCCUUUGGUAACGCAAAAACUGUGCGUAACGAUAACUCUUCACGAUUUGGAAAGUUUGUAGAAGUGAGACUGGAUCAUCGGGGAGGGAUAAGGGGGGCCGUGUUGAGAGAUUUUCUUCUAGAACGUGCUAGAAUAACUGGUCCAGCGCCUAGAGAGACGAACUAUCAUGUCUUCUAUCAGCUGGUCGAAGGAGCUAAACACAACGCAGAACUUCGCAGCACAUUACGUCUCCGUGAUGGCGUUCAGUUUAAAUAUCUCAGACCAGAAGAUGAUGAAGCUAGAAAGGGAAGAGGUGGCGAACAGGGCAAGCUGGAAGCGCUGCAACUAGCACUGACUGUGCUGCAAGUGCCGCUUCACAUGUGCGAGGGUCUGUUCAAAGUACUGGCUGCUGUUUUAUGGCUGGGGAAUAUACAAUUUCAGGAUGUAGACGGCGAACGGACUACCUUGGCGCCAGAAGACGCGGAAGCUGUGGAUGCAGUCGCUAAUCUGUUAGGCCUGGCGCCCCCUACUGCUCAGCGGGUGUUAUUGGAAAGACAGAUCAAUGUUCGAGGGAACGUUACCGACAUACCACUUCGAUUACACGAAGCACGUGAAAACCGUCACGCGAUGGCGCGCGCGCUGUACGCUCGCACGUUCGCGUGGCUCGUCCGGCACGUCAACAGCUGCUCCGCGCCCGGGCGGGAGGCGCGGCGAGCCCUCGGGGUGCUCGACAUAUUUGGCUUCGAGAACUUCGCCUCCAAUUCUCUGGAGCAACUAUGUAUCAACUAUGCCAAUGAAAAGCUUCAUAUGUUCUUCAAUAACUACGUUUUCGCGCUCGAACAAGAAAUAUAUCGCCAAGAAGGAAUCAAGUACAGCCAGAUACAGUUCACCGACAAUGCUGCCUGCUUAGAACUAUUAGAAAAACCGCCGAGAAGUCUGCUCAAGUUGCUCAGUGAACAAUGUCACAUGCCAAAGGGAUCUGACGGAGCUUAUCUAACAAAUAUACAAGGCGAGUUCGGUGAACACCAGAGCUUUGUCAAGGGCUCGAGACGAAAGUGGGAGGAGGAGUUUGGUGUGCAACACUACGCCGGUACCGUCAGCUACAGCGUGCACGGCUUCGUCGACAAGAAUAGGGACACCCAGCAGGAUGCGUUCAUAGACCACCUGAGCAGAUCCGCUAAUCCUUUUGUUCGGGAAUUGGCGGAUUACGUGCAAGAUUUGGGACCGCCUGGACACGAUAUAUCCUUGUCAAGUCCCGGUUCAACAAGCACGACGCAGAGAGGCACCUCGAAAGGCCGCCCGACUGUCGUCGAUACAUUCCGAGCGCAACUUCAGUCGCUUGUAGAUAUGCUUCAAGUUACUGACGUCUGGUAUGUCCGUUGCAUUAAACCGAAUGAAAACAAAGUGGCGGGCAAGUACAACGAUCAGCUCGUAUUAGAACAGCUACGGUACCUCGGUAUGAACGAAAUCGUGCGCAUCAGACGAGACGGUUUCCCCGUACACUUGCCUGCGCCGAUGUUCAAAGCGCGCUACCGGUGUUUGCUGCCUCAUCCCAGGCCGACCGAUCCGGAUAUAGCGACCAUAAUGUGUCUUGUCCACGCACCGACCGACGAUUGGCAAAUUGGUCAUACGAAGAUAUUUAUGAGAAGCUCUGUGCACGGUCCGCUGGAGGCUAAGAGGACAGCGUUAUUGCAAUCAUCAGCAUUGCUAAUACAGAAGUGGUACAAAGGUUCGGUUAAACGUCGUCAAUACUUACAAUGGAGACGUGCAGCCAUCGUGCUGCAAGCGGCGUGGCGCGGCUGGUUCGAGCGAGCCGCUUUCCUGCGCCUGCGCAGAUCGGCGCUCACCUUGCAGCGACACCUUCGCGGCGCCUUCGCUAGAGAGGUCGCGGCCGCCUUGAGGGAAAUGAAGAGGGUCAACCAGGAGAUCAAACUGAGAGAGGAACGUAAUAGUCUCGCAGAAAAAGCGGAACAGGAGCGGGCUGAACUAGAAAGUAUGGCGGAUCAGCUCCGCGGCAUAUCUUGCGCCGGCGCGCGAGCUGACUCCGUCAACCUCGACAACCUGUUCGAUUUCCUGGCGGACGUUCCCGCCCAGCGAGGCGCCCCCGACGGCCAGUCCGCGCACCAGCCAACCAUUGCAGAGAUAGGAGACUCAAUGGAGCGUCUGGCGGAUGAUCUGCAUCAGGAGUUGGAGAACGUGCUCGCUGAACAAGUAGACGAGUUAACCAUAGCCCACACCGAGGCACAGCGGAAGCCGGACGGAGCGCCGUCCGACGCCAUCCCUCCUCCUCCUCCGAGCACUCUGGCCUUACAAUCUAUUAACCAACCGGCAUCGAAUAUGAGCUCAUCCCUGACAAACGGAAUGUCCAAUGGUAUAUCACCGUUUGACAUGAGUUCAUCGUUGACCAAUGGCAUGAGCGAUCCUAUGUCUUCAUCGCUCAUAAUGCCACCGCCACCUGCCUUGGACCCCUCGGUGGAUGAUUCACCUGUGUUCCCAUCACCACCGGCUUGUUCGCUACCUGAACCGGCUGGGCCUCCACCACCACCGCCUUCAGGCAAAGACACAACUCCACCAGAGCUGACAAAUGGUAUAAUACCAAACGGAAAAGUAGCUGUUAUUAAGGAUAAGGAACCGAUAUACGAAGCCGUGAUACCGCGUCCGAACACCGAACCGCCACCGCUGACAUCCCCACCGCCACCACCUGCUAACCCACCAGAAAGUAAUGGAUUUAUACCUACCAAAGAAUCAGAUAUGGAGCCUGACGUACCUCUGCCACCACUCCCUAGUAACGUGACAUCACCAGAAAUGAACGACAUCUCUUCACCCACCCUGCUUUCAGACUCUUGUAUGAGCCCACCGCCUACACUAAAUGGAGAUUGUAAUAAUACAGAACGCAAUGCGCGCCGCAAAGAGCGAGUAGAGCGUCGACUGCACCAGCUCGAGGCGCCGCCCACCAACACUGAAGCGCCAUCAGACUCGGCCACCGACCUCACCGAGUUCGCUAAACUAUACUUCAACGAUCAUCCAAGGUCACCUGAAGGUACAAUUAUGGCAACACUGACGCGAAAAAGUAAAUCAAUGGAGCUAUUAACUAAAGGAGAGAUGAUCACUUACCACAAAGGAAACAACAUUCCCACCUCACACAUACAGCUGCACGACCCUGAUAGCGUUACAGCGGCUGUUAACAUAUUCCGGGAUUUAUGUCGUUAUAUGAGAGGCGAACUAACCGCGGAGAAGGAGACUCAGGUUAUCCAAUCUAUAAUUGGCAAAGGACUGGAGCGCGAGGAGCUGAGGGACGAGAUAUUGGUGCAAUGUGUUCGACAAAUAACGGAGUGUCCCGUGGAGGAGUGGGCGGAGCGCGUGUGGCUGGUGCUGUGCCUGUGCGCGGUGGCGUGGCAGCCCAGCCGCGGGCUGGCGCGCUACUACUGCGCGUGGCUGCGCGUGCGCGCGCGCGCCGCCGCGUCGCCCGCGUCCGCCGGCUCCGUCACGUCCGUGGCGUCCGUCACGGGCGGCGCGCGCGCCGCGCACUGCGCGCAGUGGUGCCUCGACAACUGCCGGGGCGCCGCGCCGCGCCUGCUGCCGCCCAGCACGGUGGAAAUCGCGGCCAUGCGUCGGCUCGGAACGAUCGUCUGCCGUUUCUUCUUCCUGGACGGACGGACGAAAGCGAUAGACGUGCACCCCGCCGAUACGGCGGCUGCGGCCGCGGCCAGGCUCGCUGACAAGCUGGGUCUGGCCCCGCAGGCCAGGGCCGGCUGGGCCGUCUACCAGCAGCGUGCGGGGACAGAGGAACACGUGCGAGCGACGCAGUAUCUUUACGACGUAAUCGCGGCCUGGGAGAUGCAACAAGGUCCAGGUGGCGGGUCUGCGGACAAUCGCUUCGUGUUCAAGCGCCGGCUGUUCCGUGGUGGUCGCGAGCUACCACACGAUCCCGUCGAGGUGGCGCUGCUCUAUGCACAGGCCGUGCACAGCGUUGUUAAGAUGGACGAGUUCCCGGUAUCCGAGAAGGUGGCGCUGCAGCUGGCGGGGUUGCAGGCGCAGGUGUCGCUAGGCGAGCCGCCGCCCAGCCCGCCGCCCCCGCACACGCGCGCCUACUACGCGCACCCCGACCAGUUUCUGCCGCCGCGCAUCGCCAAGCAGCGCCCACCGCACCAGUGGGCGACGAUUCUCGCUCAAGCACAUCGCCAGUAUGGAGCCGGCAGAGCGGAACUAACUGCGAAGGCAUUAUAUCUAUCUUGUGUGAUGCAGUAUCCAUUGUAUGGAGUUACCCUAUUCCCAGUAACCUACAAGGGAUAUUGGGCUCACGGUCCAAACGUUCUCCUCGGAGUAGGAGCCGAAGGAGUAGUACUAGUGCGGCCUGCGGAUAAGGUCGUGCUCGCCGAGUACCCGUACACGAACAUCGCUGCAAUUUUAAUGGACCCGGUCGACAACGGUCUAACACUCAGCUUGACUCAUCACGGACAGCACGACGGAUUGAGGUGCAUAGUGCUGGAGUGCGCGCAGAAGGCGGAGGCGGCGUGGCUGAUGGCGGCGUACAGCCCGCUGCUGGGCGGCGGGCUGGCGGAGGAGGCGCCGCGCCGCGCCGCGCCCGCCGCCGAGCGCGCGCGCCUCGCCGCCGCGCUGCGCGCCGCGCGCCGCGCGCUCGUCGACAGCGCGCUGCUGCGCCGCCCGCAGGACCUGUCCGCCGGCGGCUUCCUCCGGAACACGCUGCGCAGGUUGAGCAAGCAUCGCCUCGAACGAGUCCGGUUGGACAUAUCGGCAGAAACGCAGGGCGAGUGCUACAAGGGCUUCCCGGCAGCGUAUUGGUGCUGGGCCCGCAGCUUGCCGCACAGCCUCACUAAGCUCAACGAGGCCGAGGAAGUAGCUGCCAUGCAGAUAUUCAAAGACAUAAUGAGUCACGCGGGGCUGACCGGCAACGAGGGUAGCACGACGAACCUCGCCAACAACAACAGCGUGAGCAGCCACGAGAGCGACAGCGACGACCGCGUGGCGCUAGCGCAAGCGCUGCUGCAGCGCUGUCUGCAGAAGGACACGCUGCUCUGUGAGCUGUACGCGCAGCUGAUCAAGCAGACGACGGAACACCCGGAGCCCAAUUCGCGCGUAUCGGCGCGGCACUGGGCGCUGCUGUGCGCGGCCGUGGGUGCGGCGCUGCCGCCCGCCAAGCCGCUGCGGCGCUUGUUGCUGGCACAUCUGCGGUACCGCGCCGCAGCGCUGCACGCCGCUGAGGAGGGCAAGUUCGCGCGACGCGCUGAGCAGGUGGCAUUAAGUAUAGCACAAGUGCCACGUCGCCUGGCAGCGCCUUCCAAGGAGGAGCUGCUGUGCGCGGCGGCUCGCCGUCCUAUGCACGUGCGCGUGUUGCUGCUGGACGGCAAGCAGCAUGGACUGGUGUUCGGGCCGGCCGCCACGGCCGACCACCUGGUGGCCAUGCUCCGCGACAAAAUCGGCCUCACUGAUGCCGCCACCGGCUACGCGCUGUACGAGGUGUGCGCCAACUCGAGCCCGGCGGGCGCGGGCGAGCGCGCACUGGGCGGCGCCGAGCGCGUGGGCGACGUGCUGGCGCGCUGGGAGAAGGCGGGCGCCACCGCCGCCGCCUGCAGGUUGGUGUUUAAAAAGCGUCUAUUCCUCGGCGAGCGUCCGCUGCACACGGCGUGCGUGGCGGAGAUGGAGCUGCUGUACUACCAGGUGCUGCACGCCGUGAGACACGACCGACUGCCCAUCGAGACGGACGAAGCUGUGAUGCUGGCGGCGCUGCACGCGCAGGUAGUGAAGGGCGACUGUCUGGGCGGCGGCGAGGAGUGCUCGGCGGCGGCGGGCGCAGUGCUGCCGGCGCGGCUGGCCACGCCCGCGCUGCCGGCGCCCGCAGUGCGCCUGCACCACCUGGCCCUGCGUGGCACGGAGCCGCACGCCGCCAUGCAGCGCGCGCUCACGCUCGCCUCCUCCUGGCCGCUCACCAGAGCCACGAUCUUCGACGUUAUGCAAUCGUUCACGUCGAACUGGCCGCGUGCGCUGUGGCUGGCGGUGGACGCGCGCGGGCUGACGCUGCUGCGGCGUGGCGCUCGCGCUGCGCUCGUGUCGCACGACCACGACCAGCUGCUGGCCGUCUCCCCGGCACCGCGUGCGCUGCUGCUCGUCACGCGUGCCGACCGGAAGCACGCUAAACUCGUACUCUCUACCGACCAGGCGUACCAGAUCGCGACUCUGAUCAAGGACUACAUCGAGGCGGUGCGCGGGCCCGUGUGCCCGGCGGUGCCGCAGCCCGCCGCGCGCCCCGCCGCCUCCUGACACCCGCCCGCCUAGUGCCAGUGCUUCCACGUCUCGCACUAGACGCGCACCACGCGCACUAGUGCCGGCACACCUGCGGGCGUAACAUCGGCGGGCGAGCUACAAGAAUGGAGUGCGGACUGGGAAACCGAGCGAUGGCGCGAAUGACGGAGACGUAGACGAUAUUGUAUGUGCGAUCAAAACUAAAUGAAUUACAACUGACGUACGAAAAAACAAAUGUACCUUAAAACUUCAGUGUCGCUCGAUUUUACAGUCGCGUUCGGUAUGAUAGGGUUGCAUAUAGAAGUAAAUGUUGAUAUGAUGAAUAUAUAUAUUUAUUAUAUACAUAAUAUGUAAUAUAUAAAGUAUAAUAUGCUUCUAUAUAAAUAUUAUAUGGAAAUGAGUUCAAAUAUUUCGAUUAGCUAGCGGAAUCUAAACUUACAAGUAAAAUCAGUCUACAUUUACUUCGGAGCACAAGCAGUACACGGAUACAAUUGUCGUUUGGUCAGGAGUGUAAGGAUGGACGAUUUACAGUUGCCAGAGGACGGGGAAGCAAACAAGCAAACAAACAAUAAAAUAUUUUGGUAAAGUUACAAAAUCUAGCUCAACAGUUUUAUUCCAUAGUUAGGAUAUUCCAAUCCAUAAGGCAAACGGUCUAUCCUCUUUGUGAUAAUGAUUUUCUAUGAAAGAUAAAUCAUCAUCAUAUUAUGACGAAUUGAUAUUUCUUUAUAGAAUUCAUAUAUCAUUAUCACAAAGAGUUGAUAGGCCUUCUUAAUUAUAAAUCGAUACAGUAAUUGGUGUUGAGAUUUCAUCAGUUUAGUGUUAUAAAGUGUUAAAAUUGUUAAGAUGUUUCCAAUGGUAGAUAGUGAUGAUAAUUCGAUCAUAAUUCCCCUCGUAUUCGAUGGUUAACUAUUAAGGAGUCCACUUUAGACGACAUUUUGUCACCUAUGUUUAAAAUUCGAACUGUAGUGACUAAAAUGUCGUCAAAGUCAAUUAGCGCUAAGCCGACCCACUUAAUACUAGAUCCUCCCAUAGAUACACACUAUAUAAUGUUAGUUGAUUCUUAUAGUAAAAUUACCUAUAUCCUAAUAACCUUAAGAUUCAUAUCAGCCUUAAAAAUUCCUAAUCUGUUAUAAAAUUUCCUUCGCUUCGAAUCUUCCUGUACUGUUGAGUACUUAGCAGAGUAUAUACUUGUUUUAGACUGUUUCCAGUAUUGUAUGUUUAUCCUGUAGUCUUGUUUUGUGCCUUGUGAGAGCGGUAAGACGUCGCCGACAAUCGAGUCUGAACACAAGCGAAUUAAAAAAAAAAUCAAUCAUUUCAAUAUGCUCAAUCAAAAUAAAAACUAAUUUAUUACGUAAUGUUACGUAUUUGUAUUUUUUUAAUAUUAUUUACAUUAUUUAUAUUAUGUAACUAUUCGACUGUAUUGAUUCAAUUCUUUUUUUUUUAUUCUCCAGAUAGUCGGCAAACGUUCUUGCGCGCGUGUAAUCAGUGAGCCAAUUGUGCAAAUUAUUGUAACUAAAAAAAGUAACUGAAUGUUUCAAAUAUAUCUUCUAUCUGCAUAUUAUUACGUUAUAUUGCACAAUGUUAUGUCUCAAUAUUUUAUAAUGAAAUUAUAUACGAUGAUUAUGUAGAUUAUACUGUAGUAAAGCAUUUUAUGCUUGAAAGUUAUGCUAGACUAAUAUUAAUUCUAUGUGAGCAUAGAUAACAUAAAAUUUUAGGCCUAUUCGGUGCUUAGAUAAAUAAAUAAUUAAUCAUUAUUCAUUGCUUAGUUUCUGAUCUCAUAUUGAGUAUUAUUUAUUUAGUUGCCAUAUUUCGUAAGCGUGAGCAAUAUUUGAGUAGGUAUUUUUUUAUUUAUUACUUGAAUGAAAACUUUUGACGAUUUUGUAUAUAAUUGACAAACCAAAGACGCUGAAUUGUCCCUUUGGAUAAUUUAUUUCAAUAAAUAAUUUGACAUUGAUUUUAGAUAUUUUAUGAAUAUUCGUGUAAUUAUUUUUUUAACGAAUUCAAAAUAUUUUUUAUUUGUAAAUGAUUUGGUACUCUAAAGUUGAUGGCCCAACCUAAAACAAUAUAUUUCCCCAUGAUGUAUAAACUAAUCAGGCGCAUCCUACAUUGAAUAUUAAUACCCGAGGCGCAUGAUAACACAGUAUUUUAGAUGAAAAAAAAAAUAGAAAAACCUCUUCAUUAGUGAUAAUAGUGUUGUUAUUAGAAAUUUAUUUGGAGUAAAGAUUUAUUACAUACAUUAAUUACCUUUGGCAUUCACUAAUGAAAUAUUUUAAUUAUAUUUAAAAUAACAACCAUAGAUGUUCUUGACUUUAAUAUCCAGACAGGUUCGCUAAUAACAAUGGGGGCUUUACCUUUUAAUAUCUUCAUAAGACCAUAAAUUAUUUCCAAUUUCUUAUUAUUGUAUUCUUUUUAAUAGAUUUAAUGUGAUAAUGGAUAUUAAUUUUGGUACUGCACUUUAUUGUAAGAGUAUCAAUAAGUUUGCAUUAUUAUAGACAUAAGGUCGUAUUGUUAUUGUAAUCACAUUUAUACAAAAAUAAUACACGGUCAAAGGUCACACACAUAC